AUGUUUCAACAACAACAACAGCACCACGACAAUUUUAUGGUGGAUGAUGAGGAAUACCAACAACAACAUCAUGGCCGAAAUGGAACUCAUACAGCAAGCGGACCACCACAACGACCAGUUUUGCAGAGAUAUGAAGUAGGAGACAAUAUUUUCGAGGUUCCUACUCGUUAUCAGUUACAGUAUGCGAUUGGACAAGGAGCCUACGGUAUUGUUUGCUCGGCCUUUGAUUCAGACCUGAACGAGAAUGUGGCCAUCAAGAAGGUUUUCAAUAUUUUCGAUCAUGACCGGGAAUUCCAAAAACGUGUCUUGAGAGAAAUCAAAAUUCUCAAACAUUUUGAUCAUGAAAAUAUAAUUUGUCUGAGUGAUUUGGUUCCUCCUCGCAACUAUGAUCUCUUUAAAGAUGUGUAUAUUGUCACUGAUUUGAUGGAGACUGACCUCCGACAAAUUAUCAAAUCAGAUCAGAAACUUUCUGAAGAACAUGUUCAAUACUUUGUGUACCAAAUCCUAAGAGCAUUGAAGUAUAUGCACUCUGCCAAUGUACUGCACAGAGAUUUAAAACCUCAAAACCUUCUUCUCAACUCCAAUUGCGAACUCAAAGUUUGCGAUUUUGGUCUUUCACGAGGAAUUGAAUUAUCGAAUCCUGUCAUGUCAACACCAUACGUUGCCACUCGUUGGUAUCGUGCUCCUGAGCUCUUACUCAUGUGGGAACAAGCCACAAAAGCUCUCGAUAUUUGGUCUGUUGGUUGUAUCAUGGCAGAACUUUUAGGAAGAAAACCCUUCUUCCCUGGAAACAAUUAUUUACAUCAAUUGGAUUUAAUUUUGGACGUUUUGGGCACACCAAAAGACGAGGAUAUCAAAGGUUGUGAAAAAGGAGUGAAUUAUUUGAAACAAUUGCCAAGAAGAGCAGGUAAAGAUUUCCGUACAAUUUUCCCUAAUGCAUCUCCUGCUGCUUUGGAUUUACUGAAAAAGAUGUUACAUUUCAAUCCUGUGAAGAGAAUUACUGUUGAACAAGCUCUAGAACAUCCUUACUUGGCCAAUUUGCAUGAUCCUGAGGAUGAACCAACAUGUCCUCCAUUCGAUUUUGCCUUUGAAGAUGAAGCUGCUAAGGGAGAUUUGAAAGCCAUGCUCUACAAUGAAAUUAUGGCCUGGAAUUUGGAGAAGAAUAAUGUUUCAGGAGACGCCAUUGAUAUCUCUGAAUUACAACAGCAACACCAACAGUAA